ACAAGCCAAGGACCCUUGGGCCCUGAGACCAAGAGGGCGGAAGACCUGGAAGCCCCGCCUGGUGCUAACCCGCGAGGCUGCGCGUAGCUGGGUCGGUGUCCUGGCAACGCCGACGCGCUUCUGGGGUUGCUUUUAAUAUUUAAAGUUAACACGUGCACAGAUGAGUCUAUACACCGGAAACGGGCCACAAGGCCGUCAGAGCUCCUGCAUCGCCAGAACGACCUGCAGCAGAGAGGUGGAGAAGGUUCCAGAGAAAGUAGACUCCGGUACUAAAGACAAGGAUUUCCUGGAAUCGGAGGGAUUUUUCGUCAAUACAACAUCCUCUGACCAAAGGGGCAGCUCCUCAUGUUCUGCAGUAAUAGGUGGAAACGUCAGCACACCUCCAGCCCCCUGCAGAGUGUCUGCUCUCCCAGACCCUGUGGCAGAUUUGGAUCUGAAAUCCUCUUCCUCACAUUCCAAUCACUCCUCUGAAACCUCAUUGUCUGAAGUCCAAAAGGAUAAAUAUCUCGAGGAGUUUAGCAUGCUAAAGUUACAGACAAGAGAUGGGCAGCGUCCUGAGUGGACCUUUUAUCCAAGGUUUAGUAACAGCAUCCACACCUACCACAUUGGAAAGCAGUGCUUCUUUGAGGGGGUCUUUCUCAGCAACAAGAGGUCUCUAGUGGAGAGGACAGUGGACAAGUGCCUUGGGAGGAAGAAACAUGAUAUUGACCCCAGGAAUGGAAUCCCGAAGUUAACUCCAGGAGAUAAUCUAUAUAUGUACCCAGAACAGAGUAAAGAUUUCCACAAAAUAGGGUCAACUCUCCCACCAGUGAAUUUUUCAAUAGUGCCAUAUGAAAAGAAAUUUGAUACAUUUAUUCCACUUGAGCCUCCUCCACAAAUUCCCAACUUGCCCUUCUGGGUGAAGGAGAAGGCCAACAGGCUGAAGAACGAGAUAAGAGAAGUUCAGGAACUUGACAAUUGGCAGCCAGCGACCCCUUUGCUGCACAAUUUAUUCUCCACUGGUACUUUGGACUUUCCAAGACAGCCCUGAGCAGAAGGAGGCCCAUGGAGCAUGCACCAAGCACCCUGGUGGGGGGCCUCCUUCAGUUGACUGCUCCUGUUGGUGUGCCUGUUCUCAGUCAAAAGUUUGACUUUGAUGAGGGGUCACUGUACUUGUUUUCUUUUUAAACUUUAUAUUUUGAAAACUUGCAAACUUGCAGAAAAAUUACGAGAAUUGUACAAUGAACAAAUACCUACAUAUCCUUCACCUGAGCUCUCUGCUUGUUAACGCCUGCCCAAAUUUGUGUGCGCGCUCUCUCAUAUCAUCGUGGUUAUUGUUUUGCUGAAUUACUCAAGAGUGCAUGGUAGGCAUCAUCGCCCUUACUCCUACAUAUCUAUAAACCUCAGUGUGUGUCUCCUAAGGUCAAGGAUGUUCUCCAACAAUUACAAUACAAAUAUCAAGUUCAGAGAAUUCAACAUUGAUAUAAUACCCCCACUAUAUA